AUGCUAUUUGGGAAGCGAGGAUUCCUGCACAAGCCUAACAGUAGCCUUUGGAAUCCAUUACCACCUUCGCCUUCGCCUUCGCCUUCCUCAUCUCCUUCGACACCCUCGCCGCUAUCCCCACCGAUAUUUACAUCGUCAUCCUCAUCGACACCGUCACUAUCGUCAUACCCCUCAUCCCCACGCUCACCAAUACGUUACUACAACAUUCAUCCACCACCAAAACCGCCUCUCGUCUGGACAUGGCAGUGCCAUCUAUGCAACCGCAACUGGCCCGUAGGCACAACCCAACGCUGCCUCUACUGCGGUCAUCGCAUGUGUCUACCCGAGCAGGAACAGAACCGCAACAGAUCAUCACGCAAAAGAAAAAUCAUCUGUGAUUCUCACUCCCGUCAACAGCCGUUGCUGCUAUCGUCUCUUUUGUCCGCUAAUAGUUCCGAUGGUAUCCGCCUUCCUAUGGCUUCACGUAACAGCAGCGAACCGGUUCGACAGCGGUACAAACAGCGACUCAGGUGUCAUUAUCGAAAGAGCAGAGCUAGACAGGAGAAGAAGAAGAAGAAGUUUCACUGCAAGUCGGAAUUUGAUUAUGCUGGUUGGGAGAAUCGGAAUAAGUGGCGGAGGGAUGUUAAAGAGCUCAAUGAGUUGAAAAAUAAGGGUAUGCUUGAGGAGUUGACUGAUGAGGAGGAGGAGAGUGACAGUGAAGAUACCGAUAGUACGCUUGACGAGGAUGAAGGAAGAAAACGCGAGAUGUUCAAGCUGCUCCCUGGUACGGGACCGUUACGAAAAAGCAAAACGGGAGGCUUCGCUUAA